AUGUCCGGCAUCUCAGAUACCGCAGACCAACUAUUCAAUCAAAAUUCGCGGACGCUGGCGCCUGCUGCUGUUGGUUCUCAAGUUGCUCUUAUGAGCAUUAUAUCUGUGAUAGCCAUUCUACUAUUCAAUUUUCUACGUCCAACAAACAAGAUCAUUUAUGAACCCAAAGUCAAAUAUCACGAAGGCAACAAACCUCCUCCCAAAAUAUCCGACUCGAUCUUCGGCUGGCUCCCACCGCUCAUCCACACCAAAGAACCAGAACUCCUGGAUAAGAUAGGCCUGGAUGCCGUCGCCUUUUUACGCUUUCUUCGCCUCCUUCGGACGCUCUUCACUGGUAUCACCCUCCUCACCUGUGGCAUCCUCAUUCCCAUCAACGUCGUUUACAACCUCAAGAAUGUCAAUACGAAAAGCAGGGAUAUCCUCAGCAUGCUUACAAUACGGGACGUGAAGGGAAGCUUCCUAUACGCGCAUGUCGUGGUCACCUACCUCAUCACCCUCCUGAUUGUCUUUUGUGUCAACAUGCACUGGAAGGCAAUGGUGGGCCUGCGUCAUACUUGGUUCCGCUCUCCAGAAUAUAUGCAGUCAUUCUAUGCACGGACCUUGCAGGUGAUACACGUCCCCAAGAAACAUCAGAGUGAUGAAGGCCUGAAGGGCAUCUUUGCGGGUCUCGGAAUGCCGUACCCAACGACCAGUGUUCACAUCGGUCGUAAGGUUGGAAAACUUCCUGAACUGAUCGAAUAUCACAAUCAAACUGUUCGGGAAUUUGAAGAAGUCCUCGUAAAAUACUUGAAGGGUGGCAAGAUUAGGGCCAACCGGCCAACUAUCAGGCUCGGUGGUUCAUGUGGGUGUGGGGGAACAAGGAAAGAUGCGAUUGAGUUUUAUACCGCCAAGUUGAAGCGCACAGAGGCUGCUAUUGAGGAUUACAGAAGCCAGAUUGACACACGUAAAGCUGAAAAUUAUGGUUUCGCUAGCUUGGCCGCCGUACCUUAUGCUCAUAUCGUGGCCAAGAAGCUGGACGGCAAGCACCCCAAGGGAACCACGGUUGAUCUAGCUCCCAAUCCUAAAGACAUUAUUUGGGAAAACAUGAAUAAGUCUGACGCAGAACUUGCUCGCAAAAGGCUCGUAGGAUUUUGGUGGCUGGUUCUUGUUUGCUUCUUCAAUACUGUGCCUCUAUUCAUCAUCUCUAUCUUGUCCAAUCUCGACUCUAUCCGUGUUUAUGUCCCUUUCUUGCAAACAUGGUUUGAAGACUCGCAAUUCUCCUUUGCGUUCGUCUCCGGUGUUUUACCUCCUGCUAUUUCUGGGCUUUUCGGUUUCUUCCUACCAAUUAUCAUGCGUUGGUUGACUAAAUACAUGGGUGCAUUAACCCACUCAAAGCUUGACCGCGCAGUCGUUGCUCGGUACUACAGCUUCCUGAUCAUCAGUCAACUGGUCAUUUUCACUCUGAUUGGUGUCAUCUUCAAUUCUGUGAAAGAGAUUAUACAACAAAUCGGUAGCAAGGCCAGUUUCCAGGAAAUCAUCAACAAUCUCCAUGAACUCCCAAAGCAAAUUAAUCGAACAUAUAUCAACCAAGCUUCAUACUGGCUGACAUUUUUUCCCCUUCGCGGGUUCCUCGUCGUUUUCGAUUUGGCACAGAUCAUCAAUCUAGUUUGGCUGUCGAUCAAAACGCACAUGUUUGGCCGAACCCCUCGCGACAUCCGAGAGUGGACUCAACCUCCUCUCUUCCAGUAUGCAAUCUAUUACUCAAACAUAUUGUUCAUGGCUGCCGUUGGAAUGGUAUUUGCGCCCCUCGCCCCCUUGGUCGUCCUAGCUGCUACGAUUGUUUUUUGGAUGAGCUCUUGGGUAUACAAGUACCAGCUCAUGUUUGUCUUCGUUUCGAAAGUUGAGAGUGGCGGUCGUCUCUGGAACGUCGUCGUAAACCGUCUGUUGUUUUGUGUGCUCCUGAUGCAAGCAUUGAUGAUUCUCAGUAGGCCACUUUGGAUUCAGUGGCUAUCAAGCGUGCCCCCUAUCUUGAUCAUCAUCGCUUUCAAGAUUUAUAUCAACCGGACCUACCUUCCCGCGUUCUAUUUCUUCAACCCCUCUGACGAAGAGAUUCGCCAAGCCAAGGUGCACUCAGAGCGAUCAGACACCCAAGGGAACAGACUCGAGAAGCGUUUUGGUCACCCAGCACUCCACACUGAACUGUUUACCCCGAUGUUGCACGCAAAGAUGAUGCCCCUCUUGAGCCAAGUU